GUAGAAAUUUAGUAUUUUGUCAUCCGUCACGUGAAUUUUUUUGCCUAAAAUCAAUACUUAAUUGUAUAAUUUUAUUUUUAAAUUUCCUAGAAAUUUGAGGAAACUUUUAAUAUAAUUUAGAUUCUAUAGCUUAUGAUUAAAAUUGUUAACAAUUAUGUCUGAGUAUUGGUUAAUUUCGGCACCUGGAGACAAAACCUGCCAACAAACAUGGGAAACCAUGAAUAAUUUGACCAGUAAACAGAAUAAUCUUUGUAUUAAUUAUAAGUUUCAUAUUCCAGAUCUUAAGGUCGGUACUUUGGAUCAAUUAGUGGGCUUAUCAGAUGAUCUUGGUAAAUUGGAUACUUAUGUUGAACAAAUUACAAGAAAAGUAGCAUCAUACUUGGGUGAAGUUCUUGAAGAUCAACGUGAUAAAUUGCAUGAAAAUUUGCUUGCUAAUAACACUGAUCUUCCGUCGUAUAUUACACGUUUUCAAUGGGAUAUGGCAAAAUAUCCAAUAAAGCAAUCUUUACGUAAUAUUGCUGAUAUAAUAUCAAAACAAGUUGGUCAAAUUGAUGCUGAUCUUAAAACAAAAUCCACCGCAUAUAAUAAUCUUAAAGGUAAUCUACAAAAUUUGGAAAAGAAACAAACUGGAAGUUUAAUGACCAGAAAUUUAGCCGAUUUGGUUAAGAAAGAGCACUUUAUAUUGGAUUCAGAAUAUUUAACAACGUUAUUGGUUAUUGUACCAAAACCGCUUGCAAAUGAUUGGAUUAAUAAUUAUGAAAAAAUAUCAGAUAUGAUAGUUCCACGUUCAUCAACUUUAAUAAAACAAGAUGCAGAAUAUUGUUUAUUUAAUGUUCAUUUAUUUAAGAAAGUUGUCGAAGAAUUCAAGUUGCAUGCAAGAGAAAGAAAAUUUGUUGUUAGAGAUUUUGUAUACAAUGAAGAAGAAUUGGCUGCUGGUAAAAAUGAAAUAACAAAAUUGGUUACUGACAAGAAGAAACAAUUUGGCCCAUUGGUCAGAUGGUUAAAAGUCAAUUUUAGUGAAUGUUUUUGUGCUUGGAUACAUGUUAAAGCGUUACGAGUAUUUGUUGAAUCAGUUUUAAGAUAUGGUUUACCAGUUAAUUUCCAAGCGAUAUUGAUUCAACCAAAUAAAAAAAGUAUAAAAAGAUUACGUGAUCAGCUUAAUCAUCUAUAUGGACAUUUAGAUGGAUCAUCAUCUGGUGGUGGUGGCGGUUCAAGUGCUCAUAAUACUGAUCUUGAUAUACCUGGUUUAGGUUUCGGUCAAUCAGAAUAUUAUCCAUAUGUUUAUUACAAGCUUGUUAUUGAUAUGGUAGAUUCAAAAGCCUAAAGAAAAUUCAUAUACAUAUAUAAAUAUUUUCACAUAAAAUUAAAAAAAGGAAAAAGAAGAACUAUUAUUUUGUUAAGAAAAAAAAAGCUAAAUCUUAAAAGUAAUCAACCUAAAAGUAAAUUAUAUAAAAUAUUAUGUAGUUUCAAUACAUACACAUACAAUAAAACAUAAGAUACAUAAAUCAAAUUUAAAAAUUUUACUUUAACUAUAAUAUAUUCUUUUAAUAUGACUGUAAUAAUAUUGCAUGUAAAAAUAAUAAAAAAAAAAUUCAUUUAACAUAAAAAUAUUGUAAAAACAGCAAGGUUUUUUUUUAAAUUACCUUUUAAAAUAUUUUCUUUAUUGCUUAUUUUUGUUUUAAAUAAAAAGUAGAUUUAAAUAUUAAAUUCUUUUCCAGAUUUAUUGUUCAUUUAAUAUAAAUGUAUAUUAUUUAAAAAAAUAUGCAUAGAAUAUAAUUUGAUUUAUGAUUACUUUAAAAUUUAUAAAAUUUACAUUAAAAAAUGUUACAACCUUUUCAUAAGAAACUUUUUAGGUAUUAAUCAAAAGUUAAUUAUUACUAAUAACAUCAACAGUAUUUUAAAAAUUCAACAAUUGUUAUAAAUAAUAACAUAAAAAAAUAAUCUUUUUUCAUUAUAAAUUUUACGCAAAGAACUUUUAUUUUAGAAUUUUUUUUUUUGUAUUAAAUUACUUUAAUUACCCUUUUGAAUUUUCCAACUACACAAAAAUAUCCUUAUCUCA